AAGAUCAAUAUAAAUAGAGAUAACUUUUAAAUAAAGAUAACUUAUUAAGAGAUGUCAUUUUUAAAGAACAACCAACUUUUAUUCCAGAAUGACCAGAAGAAAACUUGAUUGGAACAAAAGAAUGAUCUGGAUAAUUUUCUUAUUAUUCAAGGUAGUCGCAAGUGUUGAAGAUACUAGAAGGCCUAUUUGGAAUGUUGCUCAUAUGGUGAACUCACUUAGGCAAGUUGAUUAUUAUUUGGACAAAGGAGCAAAUAGUUUGGAAUUCGACGUAGCAUUUGACUGGCAAGGAAAUCCUAAGUUUACCUUUCAUGGAGUCCCGUGCGAUUGCUUCAGAACUUGUAUGCGUUAUGAAAAUAUAGACACAUUCAUUGAAUAUCUGAGGCUCGUUACAACACCCGGAAAUCUAAAUUAUCGAGAAGAAUUGGUGCUUCUUAUGAUGGAUUUAAAAAUUCGAGGUUUGGCUCCGGAAUAUUUGAAAUUGGCAGGUGAAAAUAUGGCGAAAAAACUAUUAGAUCUUUAUUGGAAACACGGAAAGUCUGGAGCUCGGGCUUACGUUUUACUGUCCAUGCCUUCAGUAAAUCAUAUUGAUUUAAUCCGUAGCUUUCAGCAAGUACUGUAUGCAGAAAAUGCCACAUUUUACAAACAAAAAAUAGGUUUUGAUUUUUCUGAUAAUGAAGAUUUAAAUAUCAUCCACUCAGUAUUAGACAAUGUUCAAGUAAGUAGUCAAAUUUGGCAAGGAGAUGGUAUCACUAAUUGUCUUCCAAGAGGCAUAAGAAGACUUCAAGAUGCUAUCUAUAGACGGGAUUACAUGAAGAGUCAAUUUGUUUCCAAAGUAUACUGGUGGACAGUUGAUAAAAUGAGUACAAUGCGAAGAACUUUAAGUUUGGGAGUAGACGGGAUGAUUACCAACCAUCCCCAUAGAUUAGUUGAGGUAUUAAAUGAACCAGAAUAUUCAAGCUUUGCUAGGUUAGCAAACAUUAAAGACAUUCCUUGGAGUAAGCAUCCAAUAAAUGAAAAUUCUAUUUCUCGUAUGGAUAAUUUUACUGCACUAGAUGUAGAAGAAGAGAUUUUAUACAACAGUUAACUUUUCUACGAAAUUAACUUACAUAUAUAUUUUGUUGAUUUUGUAUACAUAAAAAGUGUUGCCUUUGUA